UAAAAACUGUACAGAAGCAUAAUGUUGUUCUUUAUACUAAAUUUGUGAUAUUUUGAUAGUUUUUCUUUCAACUUCAGUAUUUUAAUGCUGCCAUCUGUCGGCCGAUGGACAGAGUAGCGGGAGUUGUUGUAAAGGAAUCAAAACAAUCGUGUGCCGUGCCACUUCAGCAUAAUAUUAAAAUGCCUAACAUCAAAAUUUUUAGCGGGACUUCGCACGCUGACAUGGCGCAGAAGAUCGCAGAGCGCCUUGGCAUAGAACUGGGCAAAGUGACAACGAAAAAAUUCAGUAAUCAAGAAACAUGUGUUGAAGUAGGUGAGUCAGUCAGAGGGGAAGAUGUUUACAUUGUACAAAGUGGCUGUGGUGAAAUAAAUGAUAUGUUGAUGGAACUCCUCAUCAUGAUCAAUGCUUGUAAAAUAGCAUCUGCAUCCCGAGUGACUGCCGUCAUUCCAUGUUUCCCAUAUGCCAGGCAAGAUAAGAAAGACAAGAGUCGAGCCCCAAUAUCUGCAAAACUAGUAGCAAACAUGCUAUCUGUGUCUGGUGCAGAUCACAUAAUCACAAUGGACUUACAUGCGUCACAAAUACAGGGUUUCUUUGAUAUUCCCGUGGACAAUCUCUAUGCUGAACCAGCUGUUUUGAAAUGGAUUCGAGAAAAUAUUCCAGAAUGGAGGAACAGUGUUGUUGUAUCACCUGAUGCAGGUGGUGCGAAAAGGGUAACAUCUAUAGCUGACAGACUAAACAUAGAAUUUGCACUGAUUCAUAAAGAAAGGAAAAAAGCAAAUGAGGUCGCGUCAAUGGUAUUAGUUGGUGACGUGAAGGAAAAAGUAGCUAUAUUAGUAGAUGACAUGGCAGACACCUGUGGCACUGUGUGCCAUGCUGCUGAAAAGUUGCUAGAGGCUGGAGCUGCCAAAGUGUACGCAAUCUGUACGCAUGGGGUCUUUUCUGGGCCUGCUGUUUCCAGAAUCAAUAAUUCCCUUUUUGAACACGUGGUUGUGACCAAUACAAUACCCCAGGAAGAAAACAUGAAACUUUGCAAUAAAAUUGCGUGCAUAGACGUGUCAAUGGUUUUUGCUGAAUCAAUCCGAAGAACCCAUAAUGGAGAAUCGGUCUCCUUUCUCUUCAGCCAUGUCCCACUGUAGCCAGAUCUAACCAGUAUUGGCCAGUCCUUGGUGCCAGUGCAUUGAUGUUUCCAUGAUGAUGGCAGAAGCAAUAAGGAGGACACACAAUGGAGAAUCCGUCUCAUAUUUAUUUUCUAAUGUGCCU